AUGACUAAAUUAUCAUCAAAAGCAUCAAAAGAUAAAUUUAAAAAUGGUUCUGGUUCUUUAUUUUCUGCAUACUUGGCAAAUAUGAAUAUGCCAUUAGGCACAAUGGCUAAAGGAUCUAAAGUUGAUAUACCGAUUCCGGAUAGCAUGACAGCAGAACUUUUGAUAAGAUACAUAGCCACAGAACAUCAAUGGCAUGAUGAUCAAACAAGAUCAGAUAUUUCAAUUUUAAUCAAUAAUCGACUUUCCACUGUCAAAGAUCUUCGGAAUUUCAAAAAAGAAGUAAUGGAUCCAAUAUCACCUUCUUCUAAUGAUGAACUAUCCAACAAUUUAGAAGUAACCAAGUAUCCAAUUCAUUCUUCACCACAAUCGCAAUUACAACGAUCACCAAUUGUACCUCCAAAAGACUUCCAUCACAUUAACUACGAAAACAUCAACAACGACGUUAAAAAUGGUUUGCUGAUUGACACAAAUAAAAAAAUUGCUACAAAAACCACUACAAAAACCACCACUAAAACAAUUACAACUAUAUCAGAUCCGGUAUCCAAAUUAGAGGAUGUUAAACGAUUCAUGCCUGAACCUAAUAAAAUGCUAGUCGGUGAAGAUAGAUUAAAAAUCAGGGCAGACGAUGGAAAAUUUUAUGAAAUUGACAGGUAUUGUCCGCAUGCUGGAUCCGACUUAUUUUCAAGGAGGAAAUAG